CUCUAGAUGUCCCAUUGCAUUGAACAGUACAGAAAAACUAUCUAACAAUAGGAGAUAAUUAUUUUGAUAUGAGUGAAGAAUCAACUAUUUCCUGCUUUAAAUAAUUCUCCAGCAUCAUUCGCAAUUUUCCAAAAAGCUCUUGACUAUUAUAUAAGAUUUGUAAAUAUUGUUUGAAUAUUGCAAAGAAUUAAACAUUCCGGAUAUCAUUCACCUGCCAGAAGACUCAAAUUCUUUCAGCAACCGCGAUUUCUUAAUAACUUGUAGAUUUGAAAUUCCAUUUGGGGUAGUUUUUCUAUUUUGUUAAUUGUAUUAUUAUGUUAAUUACGCCGUUAAAGUGUUUUAAUACCUUUAAAAUGUGAUAUCAGCCAUUCUAGGUUAUGUUGACAUAACCUUACUUAUUAUUUAGCAAAAACUGUGAUAUAACUCAAAAUAAAGUAUAGUCUAGGAUUUUUCUAUAAAAUUCGAACACUCACAUCAAUAUUUCAUAAUCACAUUAAUAUUUCUGUUUUAAAAUUUACAUCCUGUUUAUGUUUUUAACAACAUAACCUCAACCAAUAUAAAAGCAAAUUUUGUAAUGGAUAAAUCAAUUAUAAAACUAUCAUCUCCAACGUUAGAGACCGUAAAUAACGUUAUAGACCAAGGAAAUGAAAUUUAUAAAAUGUACAGCAAAAUAAUAGAUUCUUAUGUUUUGGAUUUUUUUACAUGUUCUCAUUGGAAUAGAUUACCUUCAUCGUGGAGACUAUUUUUUAAAACUAUAUCACCUAAAGAUCUAGCUUACAUCCUUGAUUAUGAUGAAAAAUUGCUGUGCUCUAAAAUUCCGCCCUUAUCAUUAUUGUGUCUAAAGAAUUUAAUGAUUUAUUUAAGUAUUCCAAGAUUGCACCAAAGAAGCAUGACACAUGAUGCUACAAGUAACUUUAAACAAAUCAAACUGAAGGAUUGGUGUGAAAUUGAUAAAAACAAGGUGAUGAAACUGUUUUGGAAGAAUGUUAAGAUGAAAAAACAACAUGAAUUGUCUGAAUUUGCUGAGUAUACUUAUCAAAUGGCUCUGAAAAGCAAUUGCAAUAUUGUGGUGGAUGUAGGGGCUGGUUUAGGGCAUUUAUGUCGUUUAUUAUGUUAUGGAUAUAAUUUGAGGGUGGUUGGAAUUGAAGCCCAAGAUGAAUUAGUGCUUCAAGCAAGAAAACUAAAUGAAGGCUUUGAACGUUUAGCAUCCAAAUACGCCCCCAAUUUUAAAGACAAACAUCCCCACACUCCUCACAAUUUGAAAUUGACUAUAAAAGAAGACAUGUGCCCACAAGAACUUUCAAAGUUACUUCAGUCAAUAUUAAACAUAUCGAGUGCAGAUUUAUCAUUUGGAAUAGUCGGACUUCAUCCUUGCGGCGAUUUAGGUCCAAUUCUACUAAACAUAUAUAAAAACAGUCCAAAUGUUCGUUUUGUAAACGUGGUCGGUUGUUGUUAUAUGAAAUUAUCCUCAGGCUUGUCUCUUUCUUCGCCGCAUUUCUCCCCAGUAAACAUAAAUAGUCGUUUUGAAUUAUCAUAUCACGCAAGGGAAAUCGCUUGUCACGCCAUUGAAGCGUAUAUGGAGAAAUUGCAAUCCGAAAAAUACUGGGAGUUAAAAGUUCACUCAUAUAGAGCUACAUUAGAGAAAAUUUUAAAUGAGAAAUAUCCGCAAUUCCGCUAUAAAGCUUUAGCGAGUGUUAAAUAUACCGAAGAUAUGACAUUUGCUGAGUAUUGUGAGAAAGCUUUAAAAAAGUUACCUUUAAGAUUAUCACAUGAUGAUGUAUACUCUGAUGAAAUUUUGGAGUGUCUUAGUCAAUGGAGGCAUGUAAUGACGUUUUAUACUGUAAGAUUGAUGUUUGCCCCAAUUAUUGAAACUUUGAUCAUAUUGGAUAGAUAUCUUCAUAUAUUACCAGUUGGCCAUAGCUUCAUCGACACUAUAUUUGAUCCAAAUGUGUCCCCACGAAAUUUUGUUGUAACUGGAUUAAAGAAAUAAAAUUAAUUACAACCAAGUUGCAUUUCAUUUUAUGCCUUGAAAAUAAACUUCCCGAUUUUUACAUUACAUUUCUACACAGUCAUUUCGGUCGAGAUAUUGCACAAUUUCCGAAGACUUUUAUAGCCACAUAAAUACCAAGUUAGGAAUUAAUUUGGUGUGCCUGAAGUAAACUUAGAACAUGGAUUUUGUGAUAUAACUUAGUUAAGCUGAGUUCGCUUACGACAAAGCGAAUAUGACUUUGUUAGAAACUUUAUGUAUAAAUUAUAUCUGAAGUUGAUAUGGUAUGGUCAAAGUAAUGUUAAUAACCGUGUAAUAGACUAUUUAAAAAAGUAACAAACUUGAACUUUCUCAUACACAAUCUGAACGAUAAAGCACAUUAUUGUUGAAAGACAUCAAGGACUGUUUGUAUACAAUUCUUUAAAUAGACCACAUAAACGAUGUCUAUAAUAUUAAAGAAAUUUAUUAUUUCUACUUUUAUCUGCAUGGUUUACUUCAUAGCUGCAAUACAUAGCGAUAAGGUAAAAAGCGCAGAAAAGUAAGAAAAAUAAUUUUGAUAAAGGUUGCUUAAAAAAAAUUAGGAUUCACCUAUAAAUGAUGAAACAACAACGUCUAUUGAAAAAAAUAAAACAUCGGAAAAUGAAGAAGAACAAAGAAUGUUCGGUGAUGCAUUUACGGUAACUAAGAGUAUAGUAAAUGCUGUCGCCAAGGUCGCUCAUGCUGUAAUAGAUGCAGUUGGAGAUGUGUUAGAACCGGAUUGCGAAGAUUAAUAUUCUGUGUGUCCAAUGUUAAGUCUACUUGGUCUGUACUAGAUUCAGUAAAUAAAUUUAUAAUAAUUUUUGGAA